AUGUUAACUGUGUACGAUCAUAUAUAUAAUUGAACAUGCACUUCGCGAUUGGUUGAGUAUUUGUUGUCAAUUCUUGGUAGGCUUAUUCUUUCCAUAGGAUUGGAGUUCUUUACCGUACUUUAUAUUCGUUCAGCUAUUCCUUACAGUCUACGUUUAGCUUUUGAAGAGAAUUGACAGCUUUUGAAAAGACUAAUAUGCAUAUAAUGACAGGAAGUUUUUGGUUGUUGGGUUUUACUUUAAUAAUAAUGGCAAAAGCAGAAAAUGAAGCAUUAAGUGCUGUUUUAGAAAGCACAAAUCAAUUCUCUUCUUCACUAUUUCAGACUGUAGUGAAAGAACAUUCUGGCAAUCUUAUAAUGUCUCCUCUAAGUGCAGAUAUUGUUCUUGCUAUGACUGCUUAUGGAGCUCAAGGAGAAACAGAAAACCAAUUUAGAAAUGUACUUCAUCUUCCAUCUUCAGACAGUCUUGCCAAGUCUGGUUAUCAAACACUUAUCGAUAAUCUUAAUGAUGUUAAAGAAAAUAAACUGCUUCUUGCAAAUAAAGUUUUCAUAGGUAAAAAUUUUGGUAUCAAACCAAUUUUUAAAGAUUUGACAAAAGAUUACUUCCGUUCUGCUACUCAAGUAAUAAAUUUUGCCAAGUCCAUGGAGGCAGCAAAUAUUAUUAAUACAUGGGUUGAACAAAAUACAAAUAAUCUUAUUAAGGAUCUUAUAACUGCUGGUGAUUUGAAUGAAAUGACAACAUUAGUACUUGUUAAUGCAGUUUAUUUUAAAGGCCAAUGGAAAAAUAAGUUCAAUCCUGAUUAUACUAAGGAUAUGCCAUUUCAUGUUAAUAAGAAUACAAUAAAAAAUGUUCCUACCAUGUAUAAACAAGGCAAAUAUAAAUAUGGUGAACUUUCUAAUUUAAAUGCUAAAUUUAUUGUAAUACCCUACAAGGGUGAUGAAUUAAAUAUGAUUAUAAUUCUUCCAAAUGAAAUUGAUGGUUUAACUGAAGUUGAAAAAAAAUUACAAAAUAUAAAAUUAUCCGAUAUUCUAAAUCAAGGAUAUGAACAAGAAAUACAAUUAUAUUUACCAAAAUUCAAAGUAGAAAGUGAAAUACAUCUUAAUACUGUUUUACAAAAGAUGGGAUUAAUUGAUGCAUUUACUUCACAUGCUAAUUUUUCUGGAAUUAGUGACGAAAAUAUACAAAUUAAUAAAGUUAUACAAAAAGCAUUUAUUGAAGUAAAUGAAGAAGGUAGCGAAGCUGCUGCUGCUACUGAAUACCAGAUUGAACUCUUCGUGUAUCCUUCCUUAGAAGAAUUUCGAGUAAAUGGACCAUUCCUUUAUGCAAUCACUUCAGGAAAUGACAACAUGAUUCUCUUCAAAGGCCAAAUCAUUAAUUCUGAGGCAGUGCCAUUUUUUUGAAAUUGUCUUUGGAAAUUCCACUCGAUUUCAUUGUUACACAGCCAUUCUUUUUUUAUAUCAUAAAUACUAUAAAUAAUGAAAAAGAGGGAACUCAUGUCACUGUACCAUUAUUCAGCGGUUUUAUUAGCGAACCUAAAAUU